AUUUAAGUAAACCCAAAAUUUUUGGUUGAUACCUUCUUCAGCUCAUAUGACCAUGAUGGCUGUUCCUGAUCUCCAAGGUAUGGGAAAAGCAAUGGAGGAGCUUGACUCCCUAGUUGAGCUUUAUGAACAAAAUCUCAAUGUUAUCACGGAGGAAAAACUGAUGUCUAUCUAUUUAGAACAAAUAAUGGUAGCCGAUAUGACUGACCAGCCUCUAAAGUAUGUCCAAGCUGCACUGAAAUUCCUUCCAACGCAGACCUCUGUGAAUGAGGUAGUUGGUGGAAUUUAUGAUACUACCAUCGCCAAUCUACUUUUUCAGGGAGAUGUAGCUAAAGCUGAUGAACUCUCUACUAAUUUCUUGGCCUAUGCCAAGAAAGAUGGGGAGAACACUCAGACCUAUUACAAAGCAUUGAAAACCAAGAUUAACAUAUUUUCUAAGACAAGACAUCCUGCAGAAGUUUUACAGAUUUCUACAGAUUAUGCAAGAAUUGCUUCUAAUGUCUGCGGUGAAGGCUCUCUCGAGCAUGCUGAGUCUAUUAGAACUGUAUCCCAAUUAAACACUAAGUUAGGGAAUUAUCAAGAAGCUUACCAAGGAUUCCUCGAUUGUUAUGGUAUGUAUAAAGCCAAGUUUGGCUCUGAAGUCAAUCCUGAAAGCUCUUCUAUAUUGAUAAGUAUGGCAGUUAUAAAGAGUCAUUUGAAAGAAUUUGAAGAUGCUUUUAACCUGCUUGACAAGGCAAAGCAAAUUGAAGGAAAAGCUACAUCUAACUUUACCAAACAGUACAAACUUAUAUUGCAGACAGAAAAUAUGAUUCAGGUCGCUGCUGACAAGCUGGGAUAUAAACACAAGGGAAUCUUCACAAGAUGACCCAAAGCCUCUAAAUCUAAGAUGGCUGCUGCCUUCUUAGGAAUUGGUUUGGCAGCUUUCGGAAUUUAUUAUUACAUCAAAAAUAAGAGGUCAGAAUAAAAUAUAUUCAUAUUAAAAAUUUC